AUGACUGGAUGCCUUAUCGAAUCGGAAGUCAAUUCAGUUAGAUACGGUACCACAGACCAUGGUAAACUGAUGCUGAUAUAUAACAAUUAUCCAUUUGUUAAGGAUAGGCAAGUUGGUGCGAAGGUUUUUUGGGGUUGUCGAGAGAAAAUUCCGCUUGGAGUCAGAGUAACUCAUAACUUAAGGGAAGAAACAUACACUUCAAACCUCGACAUUGUUUCUCAUCAUCAUCCACAUAGAUUUACAAGAAGACGACGAGGUUUCCUUAAAAAAGAACAAAAAAAACGUGGAGUUCGAUCAAAAAAGAAAAAAAACUGA